GUCUUCAAGCUGAAAAAUGUUUGACUUUUGAGUUGACUUGCAGAUAAUACUAGGCUACAGAAGCGGCAAAUAUCAGCCAUGAAGGCUUGAGCCUUUUCAUAACUGAAUGAACGAAAGCUCGUGCCUUUUUAACUUUUGGGCCUGUUGCUAUGGACACCCAUGCACAAAUUUAAGAAUUUUGGUUAGACAGCCACGCCUAGCAGGCCUGUGAGCCCAACCCAUGACGAGCAGCCUUUCCUUCCCCCUUCUUCUUUUUGAUCUUUCCUUUCUGUCACUCUCACCCUCACUCCCACAGUGCCACACUUCCGAGUUCGGCAAUUCCAAAGGUUUAUUGUUGGUUUCUUCCUUGCUGCUGCUCCCUGGUAUGUUGAGGUGAUUUUCUACUUUGUGCCAGGAUAGACUAUCAAGAGAAACCAGGAUACAUUGCUUGCACAGAUUCUGUGAGCAACCCCUUCUCCAUUUCAUUUAGAGUUCUGGAAGUAUGUGCUCUAUUUAUGGUUCCACUUAUGCUUUAUCUACCUGCAAAUACCUGUAUAUUAAUCAGUGCAUUAUUUUCCCCUCUCAUCUUGCUACAUUUGCAAUUGUCCUUAGUGUGGAAAACGGAGCUGUGUGUCCUUAGUUUGCAUUUCACAGAUUAUAUUUCCCCUCUAUUCUUGAAAAAGAACAAAUUAUAUUUUGUUUAGAGGUUUAGUCCAGGCAAACAAACAAUCCUGGCUCCGCACCUGUCCAACUCUAAUGGCAUUUCACAGAACCCUAAAGUCCAAGUCAGGACCCAGUUCCUCAAUCAUCUUCCCUGCCUUCUGCAUAGCUGCAAUUGUUCUCCUCUUCUUCUUUGCCUCUCUCAUUUCCACAAACCCUGUAUCCUCCCCAGAAGGCCUAGAAAGUGUGACCAAGUCCGAGAACAAUGACCAGAAUGACCAGAAUGGCCACGAGAAGUUCCUCUACUGGGGUAACAGAAUUGAUUGCCCUGGAAGGCACUGUGAAUCCUGUGAAGGUCUGGGCCACCAGGAGUCCAGCCUCCGGUGUGCUCUUGAAGAGGCCAUGUUCCUUAAGAGGUGGGCAGCAAAGUCUUGUUCCAUGGACUCUUUGUAUGAUAUGGACCUCAUAUCGGAUACUGUACCAGUAAUUUUAGACAAUUCAAAACUGUGGUAUCAGGUGCUAACAACAAGUAUGAAGUUGGGAGCUAGAGGAGUUGCUCAUGUGGAACGAGUUAGUCGUGUUGAUCUCAAAGAGAACAGUCGUUUCUCAAAUCUUUUGCUGAUAAACAGAACUGCAAGCCCUCUGUCAUGGUUUAUGGAGUGCAAGGAUCGAAACAACCGUAGUCCUAUACUUUUGCCAUACUCCUUUCUCCCCUCAAUGGCAGCAAAGAACUUAAGGAACGUAGCUGAUAAGAUUAAGGCACUCCUUGGUGAUUAUGAUGCAAUUCAUGUUCGUCGUGGCGAUAAAAUUAAGACCAGGAAGGACAGGUUUGGUGUUGACAGGACCCUGCAUCCUCAUCUGGACAGGGAUACACGGCCAGAGUUUAUUCUCCACAGAAUUGAAAAAUGGGUCCCACCUGGACGAACUCUUUUUAUUGCUUCAAAUGAAAGGACGCCAGAAUUUUUUUCACCUCUCACAGUCAGAUACAAAUUGGCAUACUCAUCAAACUUUAGCCACAUUUUGGAUCCCGUGAUUGGAAAUAACUACCAAUUGUUCAUGGUUGAAAGGCUUAUCAUGAUGGGUGCUAAAAAAUUCAUUAGAACAUUCAAAGAAGACGAUACAUAUUUCAGUCUUACCGAUGACCCGAAGAAGAACUCCAAGUUAUGGAAAAUGCCAGUCUCUACCAUGGAUGAAGAUGGCAAGCAAACACUUUGAGUGUUGUUCAUUGUUGCAUAUAAGGGGGUUUUGUGUGUGUUCUCAAAAUAUUUAUUUUCAGUGAGAAAGUCAACAUGGUUAAGUUUCUUAGUUACCUUUUCCCAUUGGAUCGGAUUUCUGGAGUGUCGAUUAGAGAAGUGAUGUAUAUAUGUUCCUGAUGAUUAGUGCA